AUGACAAGCAACACCGGAAACACAGGAGGGAACACAGGAGGAGGGAACACCGGGGGAGGAAAUUCACUUGGCCAGACAAUCAAGGGAACCGCGGAGAUAGUGCAUGGUGAGCGGAAUAUUGUCUGGGAUAGGCAAUGGCCCGAGAUGCUGAACAUGCGAGCAGGUCUCAGCGAGAAGUUCCGCGGAAGCGUCCUUAACGCCGUUGACGGCGGAAACGCCAACGACACGCAAGACGUCGCCGCACGAGGCCACGUAGAGACCCAACAAGGCAUCGCAAGGCUGCAGGGCGGCGGUGACGGCCAGGCCAACACGGCACCGGGCGUUGGCCCCGGCACAGGAGCUGCAGCAGGGGCCUACCCCGCAGGCCAGGCGGUCGGAGGCGGCAGCGCAGGCGUGGGUACGAGCACCGCAAACACGGGAAACUACGCUCCUAGCGGGGCCGCAGGCGCAGGGGGUGCGCCCGCAAUGUCUGCCAGUGCAGGACGCGGGCCGGGCGCUGCGCUACCACAGGGGCACUACCAGGGCCGGCAUCCGCUACAAGGUGGUGCUGUGGGCGGCGACCGCGGAGUGGGUACACAGGUCAACAGGAAUGGCCAGGAGUCCCAGGAGAGAUACGGCGGAGGGCAGGACCAGCGCCUGCCGCAGCAGGGCACCGCUGGUCCUCCGGCGAUGACCACGAAUUCUGGUCCAGGGGCGGGGGUAUCCAGUGGCAGACCACGGGGCUGA